UCAUACAAGCACAGCACAACACAGACCUUUUGUUUGUCUACUAAGACCCCGUUCCAACAAAAAACAAUCCAAAAUGUUCCGAUUGGUGGUGUUGUCCGCUGUUCUCGCCGUUGCCGCUGCCGCCCCGGGAGCCACGCUGGUCCACUCGGCCCCGCUGGCGUACUCCGUCGCUGCCCCGGCCGUCCUGGCCCACAAGGAGAUCUCGUACCAGAAGAGCAUCGUCGAGGAGCCGACGUUGGCCCACGUUGGCACGGUCGAGAAGUCCAUCCCGACCGGAUACUCGCACCAGAGCUUCACCCAGUACCACAACAAGCAGGUCGCUGAGCCCGUCUUUGCCCAGGCCGUGAAGAAGACCGUCGUAUCGACCCCGGUCGAGAAGACAACCUAUGUGCAGGCCGCUGCUCCAGUCGUCCACACUCCGACCGUCUACGCUGCCCCG